AUAGGUCCCAAGUGCCAUGUGGAGCGGUGGUUGCAAACAUACCCUGUUAAAACAAACCGAAGCACGUUUUUGACAGCUGUAACCACCGCAGCUGACCAUGAAUCUUUUACCUCGCACCGCCGAGGAGUUCAGCUCUGCUGGGUACUGGGAGAGGUUUUUUAAGAAGCGCGGGGAGAAAGCUUUUGAAUGGUAUGGAGACUACAACAAACUCUGCGGCGUGUUGCAUAAAUACAUCAAAGUUCAAGACAAGGUGCUGGUGGUUGGUUGUGGUAACUCUGAGCUGAGUGAACAGCUGUACGAUGUUGGGUACAAACAUCUGAUCAAUAUAGAUAUCAGUGAGACUGUAGUGACCCACAUGAACCAGCGAAAUGCUGAACGCAGGCCAGACCUGGCCUUCCAUCAGGUGGAUGCUACGCAGACGCCAUACGAAGACUGCAGCUACCAGGCUGUUCUGGAUAAGGGAACCCUGGAUGCCAUGGCCUCCGAAGAAGAAGGUGCUUUGGCCAGGAACAUGCUCACUGAGGUGAGCCGCGUGCUAUGCGUCGGGGGGCGGUACGUCUGUGUGACGCUGGCUCAGGAGGAAGUCAUCAAGUUGGCCGUGGAGCACUUUGUCCAGCUCGGAUGGGCCGUGAGGCUCCACUGCCUGCAGGAGGAAAGAGGGAAAGAGGAAGACUCCUUUGCUCUUCCCGUCUUUGUCCUAGUUUGCACCAAGUUCCGUCAGCCCAUGCCCAUGCCCAUUCUUGAGAUGUGCCUUGGAGAAGACGGAGCCCCGGUCCGUCACGCACAGGUUGUAGAGCUGUUGUCAGCUGUGAGGGAGCAUCAGUCCUACUCUGUCUUGAGAAAGAGGCUUCGGACGAGCACUGACGCGAGCUCAAACCUCUCGCUCACUCUCUGCCACGCAAAGACCGGCCUUCCCAGAUACACUCUCACUGUGCAAGAUUGUCCACCAGGUACCAAGGUGCCAAGAUCCAACCAGUUUGCUAUAUUUAUUGUGCCUCAGGGGAGUGAGACAGCUUGGCUCUACAGCUCCAGUGAGGGACGAAGGCAGCUAGCAGCCAGCGCUAACUUUCGGCGCCUAGUUAUUGUCGCAAUGCACAGGAAUCAGGAGUACACAGACAUGCAGUCCGUCCAGUCAGAACUCUCACCAAUGGUGAUGGACCUGGCUCCUCCGGGGAUGCCAGUAAACCAGCAGGUGCCAUUUCUGUCAGUGGGAGGUGACCUCGGUUGGCGAGAGGAGGUGGCCAGUGGUGUUAGUCAGCUGAGUGGGCAGUAUAUUGUGGAGAAUGUGAAAGGAGAAGAUGGAGAGCUGUAUCGCAGACUUGUGUUCCUGUCCAACGCCGCACUCAUUCAAUCAGAGAGCCGCCUUGUUGCAUUAAGUGCUGCAUCAAGUCAGAAAAAGAAGAACAAACGGAAAAGCAAGGCAGCAGCUGCUCCAGUAACACCCUCAAACUCUCUGACUGUGGACAGCGGCUUCCUCUGCUGCUCUCACCAUGAGGUCAUGGUGGCUGGUCUCACUAUGGUUGGGGUGGGAACACCACAAAACAAAGAUGUCCCAUUGUCAGUGCUCUUGGUGGGACUUGGAGGAGGAGGCCUGCCCCAGUUUUUGCGGGACUUUGUACCCAAUGUAACUGUUGAGGUCGUGGAACUGGACCCUGUUGUGCUUGAAGUGGCACAGCAGUGGUUCGGGUUCCAACCAGAUGAUCGUUUAAUUGUCACUCUUGGUGACGGCCUUGAACGCAUCUGUGCCCUGGAAAAAGAAGGUGGCCGCUUGUUUGAUGUCAUCAUGUUCGAUGUAGACAAUAAAGAUAGUACUUUGGGUAUGAGUUGUCCUCCAGCUGCUUUUGUGGAAACCCCCAUUCUGCAGAAGGUUUGCAGCCUGCUAACUCCCAGAGGUCUGUUCAUACUGAACCUUGCAUGUCGUGACCCAGCCUUGAGGAAAACCGUGCUUGAGCGCGUGAGUGGCGUGUUUCCUACCAUCCUCUCUCGAAAGAUCGAAGAGGAGAUCAACGAAGUCCUUCUGUGCUCUCGUGUAGAAAAGGAGGCACCAGAUGCCGCCCGCAUCCUUCCAUCCUUGAGCCAAUCAGCCAAGAAUCUACAGAGUGCACUGUACUCUAAUAGGACUGAACCCCACCGCAAGCCACACAUAGACAUUGCAGAGCUGUUAAAAGACAUCAAAGUAGAGUGAAGUUUGUUUGUGACCAAGGGGAGGUUUGGCUUUAACUAUGUGUAAAGACUGACAAUAUGUGCAAGAAAAUGAAAUAGUAGAUUAAAUGCUUUUCCUUCAACCAUUCAAUGCAGUGUAAUGAAAAGCAUAUACAUACUGUAUACAUGUAUAUCAUACGCAAUCAUAAGUAAAAACUGUUUUACCUGUA